GUCCUUAUCAGCGAUAAUGGCUCUCCUCCUUUAUCCUCAACGACCAGAGUUGUCGUAAAAGUGGACGACAUCAACGACAACAAUCCAGAAUUCGAACAGAUAUCCUACAGCGUUGUCAUCCCGGCUAGCCAUGAAUCGGCCGACUAUGAUCAAUCGAUGUUUCAGAACGACGCCCCUGACUAUUUCGAGGGGGCAGACGCAGCCGCUGACGACAAUUACUGGGAGUCUCAUUCCCCUGCUGAUUAUCGCGGAUACGACCCUGUCAUGCGGGUGCUGGCUUUUGAUCGAGAUGCAGGCCAAAAUUCCGAACUCCACUACCUCAUAAAAUCCGGUAAGGGUCGUUCGAAAUUUAAAAUCGACAAUUCCACCGGAAUGGUGUACGCACAGAAAGGCUUCGAGGCUGGACAGGAGUAUGAACUAAACAUUAAAGCUGUUGAUGGUGGUAACACCAGCAGGUCUAAUAUUUGUAAAGUAGCGGUGAAAGUGGUUGCUGUUCCGCUGAAAUCAAGGCAUGCACCCAAAGUAAAGCAACCAUCGGCUGUCAAAAUGACGGAAGGGGACCAAAUAGGGUUUCUGGUGAACACCAUCGAAGCUGCAGACAUGGACAACGACACUUUGUGGUAUAACAUAGUCGGUGGCAACGAGAGAAACGACUUUUUCAUCGGUAGGGACGUCGGUAAUAUUCUUCUGGCGCGGAAAUUAGACCACGAAAGUCAAAACGCAUACACCUUGAACAUAAGUGUCACAGAUUUGGUCCACACCGUUUACACGCAGUUGAACGUAUCCGUCAUCGAUAUAAACGACCAUAGACCGGAAUUUUCCGAGGAGCUAUAUAAAGUCGAGAUUUCCGAAGCGGUUCCAAUCGAUACGGAAAUCCUAAAGUUACACGCGGUUGAUAAAGAUAACGACGGGAAGUUGAUAUACAGUCUGCAUUCGGCUAGAAAUAAAAUUUCGUUGAGCACCUUUAAACUCGACUCUAUAUCGGGGGUUAUAAGUUUAGCGUCGAGUUUGGAUAGAGAGACUUUGAGCAAACACAUUUUGACUGUUAUGGUGAGAGACGGUGGCACUCCAGCUCAAAGAAACUACGCUAGAGUGCAAAUUAUAGUCCACGAUCAUAACGAUCACACCCCGCACUUCUCGGAUAAAAUUUUGGUUGGUAAAGUGUUUGAAUCAGCAGCUGUCGGUAGUCAGGUGUUGCGAGCGUUCGCUGUGGAUCACGACAAGGGUGAAAAUGCUAGAAUAACGUACUCUAUUAUCUCAGGGAACGUUGGUAAUGUUUUCAACAUCGAUCAAGAUUUGGGUAUCAUAUCCAUCGCGAGAGAAUUAGACUUAUCGUCGGCAACAGAGUAUACUUUGCAUGUAAGAGCUAUGGAUCAUGGCCAACCAUCGCUAUCGUCUUUUGUGCCGGCCCAUAUAAGUAUCACCAUGGCUGAUAACGCACCUCCGAGGUUUAUAAGUAGAGAAAUUGCGGCGGAAAUUUAUGAAGAUCAACCUUUGGGCAGUUACGUUGCUCAUUUGGAUGUAAGAUCAACUUCCUCUUUGCAGUUCCAAAUCAAGUCCGGGAAUAAUGACUCGGCUUUCUUGAUAUCACCGAGUACCGGCGUGAUUACGACGCAGAAGUAUUUGAAUUACGAGACCAGGAAGUUUUACAAUUUAUCUGUGAUAGCCACGAAUAUGGCCUCAGUUUCUGCGUCAUGCAACGUUGUCAUCCACAUAUUAGACAAAAAUGACAACCCCCCAACAUUCUUGCAGUCUUUCUAUUCGGGAACAAUCAGCGAGUCUGCUCCGAUUAAAUCUCUAGUUCUUACAAAUACCAGCGAACCUUUGGUUAUCAAAGCAACCGAUGCUGAUUCCGAAGUGAACGCUCUAUUGCACUACGAUAUCAUGGAAAUACUGCCCAGAAGAUACUUCCAAAUAGACUCCAACACCGGCGCGAUAAGAACCAUCAGAUUGCUGGACUAUGAGAGCCAUCAAAAAUUCAGUUUUCACGUUCAAGUCUACGAUUUAGGUAGACCAAAGUUAUCCUCGGAAACGACAGCCAAAGUAGAAAUACUGAUAACGGACGUUAAUGAUUGUCCGCCUCGUUUCACACAUUUAAUAUACAACGUUACGUUGUUGUUACCGUCGUAUAAAAACGUGGCUGUUGUGCAAGUGAAUGCAACUGACCCUGACAGCGUGGAAAGUACUUCGUUACGCUACGACAUCAUCGAGGGUAACAAGAUGGGUGUUUUCCACAUUGAUUCCAAAUCUGGGCUCAUAACCCUGUUGGAACCCGAUAACCUAAAGUCGUUCUACAAGUUACACGUUAGGGUUUCGGAUGGUAAAUUUUCAAGCGUCGCCAAAGUGUACAUCAGGGUUGAAGAAUCUGAUAACUCCGGUUUGGUAUUCCAAAAACCAUUCUACGAGGGUUCCAUAAUAGAAAACUCCACCAAAAUCACCACCGUAUGCGUUGUUAACGUUCUUGGCAGCGCUUUGAAUGAGAAUUUGGAGUUUAGAAUCCUAAACCCGACGAAAAUGUUCACCAUAGGCCCAACGUCGGGCGUUAUACGCACCACAGGCGUGAAAUUCGACAGGGAAGUCAAAGAUAAAUACGAUUUGAUAGUAGAAGCGCGCAGUAACAAUCCUGAACGCGAAAAACCGAGAGUUGCCCACGUCAUCGUCAACGUAACCGUUUUGGAUAUAAACGAUAACUGUCCGAUGUUCGUUAAUCUUCCUUACUACGCUGUGGUAUCAGUCGAUGACGAAAAGGGCAGUGUUAUAACCAAAGUACACGCCAUCGAUUUGGAUAGCGCUGAGAAUGGAGAAGUUAGAUACGAAUUGAUACGAGGUCAUGGUGAACUCUUCAAAGUUCAAAGGGAAAGUGGUGACAUAGAAAUCAAGCAAAAUCUAGAGGGUCAUAACAGGGAGUAUGAGCUUCACAUUGCCGCCUAUGAUAAAGGUAAACAUUCAUGUAAUAGUACGACUAGUACUUCCACAUUUAAUUCACUUACAGGUAUGACUCCGUGCCGAACAGACGUAACAGUGCAUGUAAAAGUCAUAGACCGAUCGAUGCCGGUCUUCAAAAAACAAUUUUAUUCCGAAGUUAUACCGGAAAACAUGGAACUACAUUCGCCUUUAACUAUAUCCAUAGAAGCAGAAUCUCCUUUAUCCAGGAAACUCAUCUAUAGCAUCAUCAAAGGCAACGAGUUAGAGGAGUUUUCUUUGGAUUUCAACACAGAUAUUUCCUCGAACGGAAAUCACAUGAUUUUCAGAGAUUUAAGCGAUUUUUUACACGAUUUUUUGAACGAUAUUAAAACACCAGGUGUUAUAUCAGUUGUGGAUGAGCUAGAUUUCGAGCAACAACAACAAUAUGAACUACUAAUAAGAGCUACAGACUCUGUAUCCGGUGUUCACGCCGAAGUCCCAGUUUCGAUAAUCCUACAGGAUGUCAACGACUGUCCUCCUGAAUUUACGCAGGAAAGCUAUAAUGUGUCUGUUUCUGAAGCUGCGCAAUUUGGUACACCUCUUCUGACUGUUAUGGCUUAUGAUAACGAUACUGGUAUAAACGCCAAGGUGGUUUAUUCCAUACAAAAAGAUGAUGGUAACGCUACGGAUUUGUUCUAUAUUGAUGAGGUUGAAGGGGUGGUUUACUUAAAACAAACAUUGGAUCACGAGGAAGCUAGUAGUCACCAUUUUAUAGUUGUAGCCACUGAUCAAGGUGUACCUAGUUUGAAUAGUACAGCUCAUGUAUGGGUACAAGUCUUGGAUAUGAACGAUAAUCCACCCAGAUUCGAACAAAGCUCAUAUUCUUGCGGUCUUUCCAUAAGCGCCAGAAGGGACCAAUUUGUGACAAUAGUUAAAGCCAGCGAUUUGGAUGAAGUCAAUCAAAAUAGUCUCAGAUAUACUCUGGUGUCGGGUAACGAACAGCAAACGUUUUCUAUGAACCCUGACUCGGGAAUCAUAACACUCACUAACCUGGCAAACUUUGGAAAUCAACCUAUGCUACUCCUAAACGUUUCUGUGUCCGACGGUGUUUAUACCAACUUUGCCAGACUUAAAGUGGAGUUGAUACCGGCCAAUCUGCACUCCCCAACAUUUAACGAUGUUAUAAUUGACGUAUCUGUACCGGAAAACAGAAACGCUGGCUACUUGGUGGCCAACGUCAAUGCUACUGAUCAGGAUUUAAAAGACUUUGGUGCUGUAACGUACAGCAUAGUGUCUGAUUUACUCAGCGAAACUUUUGAUAUCGACAAAACGUCGGGAAAAAUCAUCACCAGAGUAAGAUUGGAUCGCGAGAAGCAAAAGCUAUACGAGAUACCUGUAAUGGCGACAGAUGGGGGCGGUAAAUCAUCGUUUUUAACCGUGAGAGUUAAAAUCGUAGAUGAAAAUGAUAACGCUCCCAAAUUUAGACUGAAAGAGUAUCAGGUCAGUAUUUACGCGAACCAUUCAGUUGCCAUACCUUUUGCGAGAAUAAAGGCUACGGAUUUAGAUGAAGCUAAAGAUAACGGAAAACCAGAAAAACACUCGGACGUCCCGGUGAACAUUGUCAUAAUGGGACCCAGAGAUUACCCACCGAUAUACGAGACGAAAGAGGGGAAAUUCUUUCUGUCGGAGAAUUCAGCAACAGGUACCAUCAUCACACGGCUGAAAAUUCUCUCCAACGUUUCGGUAACCUACCAAAUCGUUUCGGAUUCGGAUGAUAACCCUCAGUUCAACGUGGACGGUCAAGGUCAAAUUUCGCUCGCGAGACCUUUGAACUACGAGGCCCAAAACACCCACGUAAUCGGUGUUUUGGCUUUGACGGACUCCAGUCCGCCUUUGGCAGCUCUAGCGGAAAUAACUUUGCUGGUGCAGGAUGAAAAUGAUCACGCGCCACAGUUUGAGAGCAGCAGCUACGUUCUUAAUCUAGCGGAGAAUGUCGAUCCCUUCACUUCGAUCCUAAGAGUUAUAGCUCACGAUGACGAUACUGGCAGUAACGGUGAGGUUAGGUACAGUUUCGGAACUGAUGUUGGCAACAACAUAAACGUUUUCGCUAUCGACCAACACACCGGUUGGAUCACCACGUUAGUUAAGCUGGAUAAGGAGGUUAAAUCCGAAUACAAGUUCUACGUAAUCGCGACUGAUAACGGCACUCCGAAACAAUCGGCUAGGACAACCGUGGUGAUACGAUUGAAGGACUACAACGAUAGUCCGACGUUGUUCAAGGAAAAAUCGUACGAAACGGCGGUGAACGAAGAUGCUCUACCGGGGACUGUAAUUCUCACCCUGGAAACUAUAGAUGGUGAUAGUGAUAUCAACACACCGACAGAUUUUUACAUAAUUUCCGGCGAUGCGAGCUCGCAGUUCCAAGUGCGGCAAACCGGUGAAGUGUUUGUAGCGAAACAACUCGACAGAGAGAAAGUGCCAGAUUACAACCUGGAAAUCAUAGUGACAGACGGUUUAUUUUCCGACAUAACCAAAGUUUCGGUGAAAAUUCUGGACGCCAACGAUAAUCCACCGUACUGCCUUAGAUACAGAUACCGACAAGUUCUAUCGGAAGGCAUUCUACCGGGCUCAUUUGUGCUUUCUGUGCUUGCAAGUGACAUUGACGGUCCAGAUCACUCAAAGUUGAGGUAUAUUCUAUCCGGGGAGGGUUCAGAGAGCUUCUACUUGGAUAAAGAAAGCGGGCAUUUGAAGACAAUCACCAACCUAGAUAGAGAAAAGCAAUCAAAGUACUUACUAACAGCUCACGUGCACGAUAAAGAGCACACAAGCUGGGAAUGCUCGUCGCAAGUAGAGUUAAUCAUAUCCGACUUGAACGACAACGCCCCAAUAUUCUCCCUGCCGUAUUAUUCCGUCUCUCUGCCGGAAGAUGUGGAAAUAGGCACUCUGGUGACAAAAAUACACGCCAACGACGCCGAUAUAGGCAUCAACCGCAAAAUCAAGUACCACUUCAUAGACUCGUUCAACGACCACUUCGUGAUGUCUUCCGACAGCGGCAUCGUCACUCUAGCGAAGCCUCUGGAUCGCGAAAUUAGAUCCAUGUACAACUUGAGCGUGCAGGCGGUGGAUCAGGGUACUCCUCAGCUUUCCAGCGUGGUAAAUCUCAUCGUCAACGUGCAGGAUAUCAAUGACAACCCUCCCGAGUUCGCGAACAAAUAUUAUUUCGCCACUGUGCCGGAAAUCGACUCUAUCGGCACGGAAGUUGUCAGAGUGUUGGCUACAUCCAAAGAUACCGGCGUUAAUGCUGACGUUUACUACUCCAUAAUCGGCGGAAACGAGCACAGAAAGUUCUCCGUACACAACAAAACGGGAGUUAUAACCAUAGCGGAUAUGCUGGACUUUGAAAGAGCCAGAGACUACUUCCUGACAAUACAAGCCAUAGAUGGUGGUAUUCCGCCUCUGAGCAAUGUUGCCACGGUCAACAUAACCGUCACUGACUGUAACGAUAACGCUCCAAUGUUCACGCAACAAUCCUAUCACGCCAGAAUUAAAGAGGACGCCCUUAUCGGUGAUAAAAUCUUGCAGGUUACAGCAAGCGAUUCCGAUAGUGACAGAAACGGGGCGGUUACUUACUCCAUCAUCAGAGGGGAUAAUAACAAUCAGUUUGCAAUAGAUGAAAAAACUGGGUACCUUUCAGUGGCCAAAGAACUGGAUAGGGAGUCUGUAUCAAGCUAUGUUCUGGAGGUGUUGGCCAAAGAUAAUGGGGUUCCGGUAUUAUCCAGACAAACUUUGGUUAACAUAGAGAUAUCUGAUGCUAACGAUAAUGCGCCUCUAUUUUCGCAGGAACACUACAACGCUGUUGUACAAGAGGAUAAACCUUUGGGUCACUCGAUAAUUCAAUUCAGCGUCACAGAUUUAGAUACGCUACCAAACACGAUACCGUACACCUUCGAUUUCAAAUCCGGUAACGACGGUAACACGUUUAGACUCGACCAAGACGGUAUUCUGAGGACUGCGGCCAAAUUCAACCACAAAAUUCAGGAUACUUACAAAAUUACAAUCAGAGUUUUCGAUAACGGCAGUCCGCCGUUAUACUCUGAUGCUACGGUUGUCGUUAAGGUUAUCGAAGAGUCGCAAUAUCCGCCCGUAAUAACGCCUUUGGAGGUUAACAUCAAUUCUUAUUUGGAUGAAUAUCCUGGCGGUGUUAUCGGGAAGGUUUACGCCAACGAUCAGGAUCAGUACGACACUUUGACGUACUUUUUAUCGCCUACUGCCGGUAUAACGUAUCCUACGCACGAAUUAUUCCAGAUAAACAAAACCGACGGAACCCUAGCGGCUCUUCCACGUUUAGACGUCGGCGAUUACAGACUGAACGUAUCGGUGACGGACGGAAAAUUCUUCGCCAACACCAUCGUGAAAGUGAACGUGGAAGUGAUAUCGGAAGAUAUGCUCGAUAAUUCGGUCGGUAUACGCUUCAGAGGCGUGAGUCCCGAGAGCUUCAUACUGAGCCACAAAAAAGGUUUUGUUAAAGCUGUGAGAAACGCUAUGAACUGCCGAUUGAAAGACGUGGUGAUUAUUAGCGUCCAACCUUCGAAUGACGAUGAGAUUUACCGGGCUAAGCGCUACAUCAAUAAAGAUUUGGACGUGCUUUUCACCGUGAGAAAAUCCGAUGAGGGUUUUUACACCUCGGAAUCAAUCCGGAAAGCUUUGAACGACAAUCUGGAAGAGCUAGAGGAGAGCACUAAAUUAGUGGUCGAGGAAAUCAUCAGGAUGAAGUGCAACAAUAAAUACUGCCUGUACGGGGUGUGCCAGGAUCACUACGGGUUGGAUACCAACUUGAUAGACCCGGUUUCGACUGACGUGACUAGUUUUGUGUCGCCUCACCACCGGCAGAAACUCGAGUGCAUGUGCAAGGAAGGUUACGGUGGUGAGAGGUGCGAUACCAUAGUGAACGAGUGCGCUAGAGAGCCUUGCCCGUCGUACAAAAUCUGCAUCCCGGAUGCUUCGAAAGUCGGUUAUUCCUGCCAGUGUCCCGAGGGCUAUGCAGGGGCGAAGUGCGACGUUGACAUAUCAAAGUGCCACGAUCAGAACUGCUACAUCGCCAGAAACCCCAUCUCCUUCAGCGGAAAGAGUUACUCGCAGUACAGGAUCAUCAACAAGAAGUCCAUCGAAGAUCAGCUGAGUUUGAGUUUGCGGGUGAGAACGGUUCAACCCACCGGCAAUCUGAUGUACGCGGCCGGUAAAGUGGACUACAACGUUUUAGAGAUAGUCAACGGUGGGGUUCAGUAUCGGUUUGAACUGGGAAGCGGCGAGGGUAUAGUUAGAGUGUCGAAUUUGUAUGUUUCUGACGGGUCGUGGCACGAAAUCAAGCUGGAACGCGAUAGAAACAGCGCCAAAAUAACCAUAGACGGGGUGUACACCGCACAAGGUUCUGCACCGGGGGUAAGCGACAUUUUAAACCUCCAAAGCGAUGAGAUGUAUUUAGGGGCUGAGGUGCAUCAGCACCCCUCGAUUUUGGGCUUCGAAGACGUCCAAAAAGGUUUCUCGGGGUGUAUGGACGACAUACGAAUCUCCAGAGUUUCCGUGCCGCUACAUAAAUCCGGCGAGAACUCCGUAGUAGUGCUGAAAAGAUUCGCGAACGUUGAGUUUAGUUGUGAUACCAGUGUGAUACUGACACCACCCGGUCCGUGUGGAUCGCAACCUUGUCUUAACGGCGGUACCUGCAAAGAAACGAAGACGGGUUACGAGUGCGAGUGCCACUCCAGAUUCUCCGGUUCCAUAUGCGAGUUGGAUUCGGACCCCUGCGCUUCAUCCCCGUGUCUAUACGGCGGUAAGUGUUCCUCAACCGUAUCGGGCGAUUUCUUCUGCGAAUGCGUGCUACACUUAAGCGGGAAACGGUGUGAGUAUGGAAGAUACUGCUCGCCGAAUCCAUGCAAACAUGGCGGGGUUUGCGAGGAGGGUGAUGAUGGUCCUCUAUGUAAAUGCCGGCAUUUCUCCGGGGAAUUCUGCGAGUACGAUCUCAACGAAUGCGAAAGCAAUCCUUGCCAAAACGGUGGUACGUGUAUCAACGAGAUUGGUGCGUUCCAUUGCCUGUGCACCCCAAAUUACACCGGAAGUUUGUGUUCCAACACCAUCUUCGAGUCCAAUUUCCUAUCGUGGUUCAACAACCUCACCAAAGAGAAGAUUCUAUACAUCGCCGGCGUCAUAGCUCUUCUAGUUUUGAUUAUAUUCGUCACCAUCAUUUCAAUAUGCUGCAAGAAGUGUCACAGUAAGAGAUCGCGACGCAACAAUGAAAACAUCAAGGAGAACAUCGUUCUCAACUCGACAAGACCGCAAGAAAUGGACUUUAAACGCGGUUCAAAGCUUUCAAACCUCGCUGUAAACCAGCGCGAAAUCGCUUUGACGGCGCGACCUCUAUCGUACACUCCCACCUCUCAAAACGACCCCAUCUACAACUGCACCUCUAACACGUUGAUGUUGAACAAUUUGGACACGUUGCGAUCGUACGGUUCGGCCGGCGACGAGCUGGAAAACGUUCCUCCAGACUACGUGAAGAAUUUGAACAGAAGCACGCCUCAAGGUUGCAUAGGAAACCACUGCGAUUCCGAGAAGACCACGUGGGCCGAACAAAUGCACAUAAACGAUAGACAGAAGAACAAAAAUGGUACUAAAGCGUUAAAUAUGUUAUCAAUUGAUUGUUUCAUGAAUUGUUUUUUAGAUUACAAAGUUGCCAGCCCUGUUAAUUGCGAUGCACCCAAUAGACUGUACGGGGGAAAGAGCAAUACAGUCAACUGUAUAAAACCAAAUGGAACUGUUUCGAAUGAGGAGGAUUCUAGGACGAUGGGCAGCUACCAUUGGGACUGUUCCGAUUGGGCGAGACACAGCCAGACGCUGCCCAACAUAACGGAAGUUCCGGGCGGGGAAAUCCCGGAUUCCUCGAGCUUUCACAGCAACGAGAGCAACGAGUCCAAGUACCACCACAACAUGCCCACUCUGGGUCAGCUGGACCCAAGGAGUAGGGACAUCGAGACCCUGAACGAGGACGUAGAGUCAGAGUUCAUGGCUGACACCGAGUGCGAUUCUCAGAGGAUUACCGAAAGCUAUAUACGCCAUCCGAAUUCCUAUCUGCCAGCGCACGGCUAUAAUAUACCGAGCGAGCCUGAAAUGGAGGCCCUGCAAAGUCCAGGGGCGGACUCCGAUGAUGUGGAGCCCUACGGUUUCCCUAGCAACCGAAAGAACAGACAGGAGAGGCAUUCGCUUUUGGGAGGAUAUGCGAGCAACAGCGACCUAUCGACAAACUUGUGCGAAAUCGAAGAUUCGGAAUGCGAGACCGAAAUGAAACCUCUAAAUUAUUUGUCGUCGGUACACCAAACGGCCGUUUGACGAAGAAGCCCUUCGGGUGAAAGCGGAAAAACCCGAUUUCCCGGAUAGCAGAAAAAAAACGGCUACCCUACACCGCAACGCCAGCGCUGGGGUAUAAUAUAAUUUUUUGCGAGUUCGUAUGACUUGUAUGGCUGUUUUUGUACGAUUUUAUAUGUAAUAUAAUUCUAAUUGGGAAUUGAAGUUAUCGAUUAAAUAAUUUUAUCAUAGUAUUUGCAUAUCACCUAGAUAAAAAGGAUGUCUGUUUUAUCCCAGUUUUAAUAGAAAAUUUCUUUAGUCGUUUUAAAUUGAUUUAUUGGUCUAAAGAAUACGUGGUAUGUUUUUGUGAGUAGUUUUAUUUUAUAGUUAAUUAAUUAAAUAAAAAAAACAGACAUCCCUUUUAGCGGCUACUUAAAAAUUGUUGUAAAUAAAAUCAAAUAUUUUUGUAAUAUUGGUUGAUGAGAAUGUUAACGAAGGUUGAAUGACGUGUAUAUUUCAACUAUUUAUUGUUUAAAAAUUAACGUUUAUUUAUAAGUAAUUUUAGGAAAAAUGUGCCUAUUAUACAUACAUAAAAAAUGAGCUGAAACGAAGGUAGCUCAAUUUAUAUUGUAACUCACUACUUAGCACUGUAGUUUUUUAAUUAUUUUUUUGUACAAGACUUUAAUCUUUUUAUGGAUUUAGUGUUUUAGUUUUUUUACUUUACUUUUUAUGCAUGUGAUAUUGUAUAAUUUUUGUUGUAUGUGCUUAGGUUAAUUAUUUAAAAAAACGUUUUUAACAUUUUUUACCACUGAUAACUGAUUUUAUUACCAUUAAGAUGAAAUAGGAGAUGUAAUUUUUCUAAAUAAACAUGAAUAAAA